CAUCACAGAGGAGACUGUGGGGGCAGUGGCUGAAAAGCAGAAGAGAGAUAGGGCUGAGGAGUUAACCUUGGGUCCGCCCCUUUCUGCUUAUUGCCAUUCUGUGCUUCUCAUUUCAUCUUUUCCUUUUCAGAAGAGAAACUUGAACUUGGAAGGAAGUUUCCACGUAUCUGUAGUCAUGACAUUCUUUUCCUCCCUAACCCCAAUCUUCAUAGCAAUUAUAUGUGUUUUGAUUGGGGUAAUACUGAAGAAAACUAAUAGAGAGAAGGAAAAACGUGACGCUAGAAGCAAGCCCAUAUCACGCCCAUGGGUGGAUGAAGAUCUAAGAGAUGGCACUGACCACCACUUAGAGGAAGAAGAGGUUGAUGAAGAGUGGCAAGGACUUGAUGAAAAUGUUGCCCAUGUCCCCUUCAUUGCAGAGCGCUACUCUGAGGCUGAAAUGAUUAAAAGGUCACAGACAUUUUAUGAACUUCUCAAUAAGAGGCGGUCUGUCAGGUUUCUCAGUGAUGAACCAGUCCCCAGGGAGGUUAUCGAUAAUGUCAUCAGAACAGCAGGUACUUCACCCAGUGGAGCGCACACUGAGCCCUGGACCUUUGUGGUAGUGCAAGAUCUGGAUUUAAAACAUAAGAUUCGGGAGAUUGUAGAAGAAGAAGAAGAAAUAAACUACAAAAAAAGGAUGGGAGAUAGAUGGGUUAAUGACCUGAAGAGAUUAAGAACAAACUGGAUCAAAGAGUACUUGGACACUGCCCCCUAUCUAAUCCUCAUUUUCAAGCAGGUGUAUGGGAGGCUUCCAAAUGGCAAAAAGAAGACCCACUACUACAAUGAAAUCAGUGUUUCUAUCGCCUGUGGCAUGCUGCUUGCUGCACUGCAGAACGCUGGUCUGUACACAGUGACCACCACACCCCUGAAUUGUGGCCCCCAGCUCCGGGCGCUGCUCCAGCGCCCAGCGAAUGAGAAGCUGCUCUUGCUGCUCCCCGUGGGCUAUCCCAAGAAAGAUGCCACUGUGCCUGCACUGACUCGAAAGCCAUUAGAAGACAUCAUGGUGGUCAUGUGAGCCCAGGGCCACAAGGAGCGAGCACAACCUACUGCCUGCUAGGAAGCAGCAGCCCACUGAAGUUGUUGAUGCUUUUCCUGUAUAUUAUGCCCAGCUUUAAUGCUCACGUAUCACUGCUGCUCUGGCUGUUUACACUGGUACACCUUUUAGUGCUAGUAACCACGGUGCCCGCUUCUACUAACAGCAGCAAGUAGUCAUGCAUGGUGCAUUUAACAGGUGCUAUUACCAAUGAACCUAACCAGUUGUUCCAAGAGACAAGUACAGUAACAUUUAAAUGACCUUCAUCACUUGAUUUUUCUUAUGCAUUGUAGGGACAGAUCUUUCCUUGAGCUAGAACACAUAUUUUCCUCAUAUUUUUGUGAUUACCAUUGAACAGCUAUUUUUACUCCAUAAUUUUAAUGUCGGUUGUAUAUCAUGAAAUCAUAGAACCAUUAAAAGUAGAAAAGACCUACAAGAUUGUCUAGUCCAACUGUCCACUUCCCCACUAAAACAUGUCCCUUAGUACAACAUCUAAAUGUUCCUUGGGCAUCUCCAGGGAUGGUGACUCUACCACCUCCCUGGGCAGCCCCUUCCAGUGCCUGAUUACUCCUGAACCUGAACCUCUCCUGGCACAGACACUGAGUAAAAUGCCCCAUAGCAAAAAAAAAAAAAAAAAAAAAAAAAAAAAAAAAGAAAAAAAAAGCCAGAAUUCUUGUGAUGGCACCAGCUUCUUAGCCACGUAUUUAUGAGAUGAAUUUGCCAUUGAAGGGCUAGAGGAAAAUACCAGCUAUACUCCCGUUUUAUCAACUAACUGUCCCAGUGCCCUGAAGUCCCUUUUGAUAGCCCUCAAGCUUCUCUCAGCAACUUCGUAGCCACCAGCCUGAACUACAACUUGAGGUUAAUAAUCAGAGGGUUGAAUCAGACCAUGAAGUUUUUUAGUAAUGUCCCUGCUCUGGGCGCCAGGUAGGCAGCACCCUUCACUAUGGGUAAGGUCUGGCCAACACAUAGGCCCUCUGUUCCCCACAGAAGGGAGUCACCUACUACAAUUACCCUUAUUUCCUUCUUGGUGGAGGCAGCCUUGAGGCAUGGAGUUGACUGCAUCACCCUAGACAACCCCCUAGGUGGACCUCCCACCUCAUUCUCACUCACCCUUCCCUCAAAUUCCAGAGCCUCAAACCUAUUGUGUAGGGGCACCUGGGAAAUGAGGGAAGUAGAGAUGGGGUUUGCCUGCAACACUGAGCUCAGACCUGUUUCCAUUCUUUCCUGUCUCUUAGGUCUCCUCCCUCUGCCUGACAGCAACAGAGGAGGGGUCCACCACUGUUUGAGGGGUAUCACCCCAGUGCCUUUGUCAUGAGUAAAGCAGGGAGUUACUCCACCAGUCUAUCUCCUGCUAACACUCCCUCAUGCUCCUUAACCUCUCCACCUCUUCCUUGAGCUCCGCCACCAUACUGAGCAGCUCAUCCACCUGCUCACACCUCAUGCAGGCGAUAUCCCUGCCACCCUGCACAGGCAGCAGCAAGCUCAAGCGCACCCUGCAGCCAAAGACCUCAACCGCCGCACUCUUGGGCAGGCAUUCCGUCCGAGUAGCCGCAUUCUUUUUGGCAAGAGCUCGCCUAGCGGAGACCAUAGCUCAAUUCGUAGGCUGGGAGGCAGCCGAGUGGGGAGGGCCAGGCCGCACCACGCCCUGAUGGCUGCGCUCCGAAGUACGCUUCCAUGUACGCCGGGGGGUUUGCCUGCUCUCACUCCCGGCUCCACCCACACCGCGUCAGCUCCGCUGCGUGCCGGGAGGUUCUCUCUUUAAACGCCUCUUCUCCUUUACGGGUUGGAUUUCGUACAGGAGGAGGGCGUUUUUCCCAUAUUCUUUUCCCUACUCAGUAGUAGAAGUAGUGAGAUAGUGUUAAGCUAUCCCAGCUUAAAGCUGAUACUUUUAGAGGCUCUGACACGUGAGGGGUGCUCUCCCGUCAGACCAACCCAGGCAUUUUUCAGCCUGUUUUAAGGCCGUUUCUCCCACCAGCAGCGCUGCCCGCCGAGGGCCCUGCGCUGGUCGCUCAGCUGGUGUCGCCGGUGCCCGUGCGUGCAGCGCCCCCUCGUGGCAUUCCGUUUUGUGGCGGCCAUGCCUGAGCCCGCUCCUGCGCCCACAGCCUGCUUUGUGUGAGCAGCGCAGGUAGAAACGCUGCCAGCUAAGCAAGCGGAGGUGAUAUUUCGCAGAAGUACAGCUCCUUUGUGGUAUCAGUGUCUCUCUGUCUCCCCGUGUCUCUCUUUCACCACCGCGAAAAACGGUUUUCCUCUUUGGCUGACCAUUUAGCUGGCUCUUGCAUGUUCUUGGCAGCAUAGCCAUGGCAGGAAGAGUUUCUGACGCAGAGCCAGCCUGAAAUGGACUCGUACAACUACAGUAAAAUCAAAUAUCUUCAGAAUUCCUGCAUUUCAACCCAAAUUCAAUUGAUUUUGACAAAACUAGGAUUUGAAGUAAAAAAUUGUAAAAAAAAGAAAAAAAAAAAACCCUACAAUUUGAAUUGGAAUUGCUUCCUUAUAGAAGCGGGCCUCAGUGGGCCUAAAAGCUGGUCAAGAACACAGCAAUGUCACUGGUAAUCAGAGGUAAAUCCAGGCAGAUGAGCUGCAGGUUCCCAGGUAUCAGGAACACUCUUCACAGCUGGGAUAACAACGCACCCUUCUAUGCUGCUCUGCCUCAUCAGGUCCCCUCGCUUUGCAUCUGCUAUAAAAGUAAAUAUGCUCUAUUUUUCUUUUUUCUUUUUUUUAAAAUCAUUCUUUAAUUAAUUCUUAUGUUGAUAUUGGGCUGAACCUUUGUCACUCUGUGUUAGCUUCUAUAGCUUGGAAAUAAAGUGCUUCUGCCUGGC